GGAGGCAGGUGUUAAAGCUUCGUCCUUUGUUGAAAAAUGCCAUUUGGAUACAAGUGGGAGAUGGACGACAGUUUCGCUAAAGAAGUGUGGAGGUUAGUUUUGGACUUUUGGAAUAUCCAGAGGCAACCAAAAAGAUGGAGUGUUGAAUGGUUUUGACUAAGGAAGGCAUGUAAAGGUCAUUUAGUUCAGCCACAAAAGUUGAAGACUACCUUAGUUGCCACUUUAUACAUGAUUUGGCAGGAAAGGAAUAGGAGAAUAUUUCUUAGAAAGUUUUUGACUGGAAAGGAUGUAUAUAAUGAGAUAAUUGGUUUUUUGAGAUUAAAAUUUUGAGAAGUGU